AAAUCACAUGACCGCGCCUCCCCGCCCUCUACCCGCUGUCUGCAGGUUCUGUGAAGAUGGCGAAGGUUUCAGAGCUGUACGAUGUCACUUGGGAAGAAAUGCGAGAUAAAAUGAGAAAGUGGAGAGAAGAAAACUCACGAAACAGCGAGCAAAUUGUGGAAGUUGGAGAAGAAUUAAUUAAUGAAUAUGCUUCUAAGCUUGGAGAUGAUAUUUGGAUCAUAUAUGAACAGGUGAUGAUUGCAGCUCUAGACUAUGGUCGGGAUGACUUGGCAUUGUUUUGUCUUCAGGAGCUGAGAAGACAGUUCCCUGGCAGUCACAGAGUCAAGAGACUAACUGGCAUGAGAUUUGAAGCCAUGGAAAGAUAUGAUGAUGCUAUACAGCUAUAUGAUCGAAUUUUACAAGAAGACCCAACUAACACUGCUGCAAGAAAGCGAAAGAUUGCCAUUCGAAAAGCCCAAGGGAAAAAUGUGGAGGCCAUUCGGGAACUGAAUGAGUAUCUGGAACAAUUUGUUGGAGACCAAGAAGCCUGGCAUGAACUUGCAGAACUUUAUAUCAAUGAACACGACUAUGCUAAAGCAGCCUUUUGUUUAGAGGAGCUUAUGAUGACUAAUCCACACAACCACUUAUACUGUCAGCAAUAUGCUGAAGUUAAAUAUACCCAAGGUGGACUUGAAAACCUCGAACUUUCAAGAAAGUAUUUUGCACAGGCAUUGAAACUGAACAACAGAAAUAUGAGAGCUUUGUUUGGGCUUUACAUGUCAGCAAGUCAUAUUGCUUCUAAUCCAAAAGCAAGUGCAAAAACAAAGAAGGACAACAUGAAAUAUGCUAGUUGGGCAGCUAGUCAAAUAAAUAGAGCUUAUCAGUUUGCAGGUCGAAGUAAGAAGGAAACCAAAUACUCUCUUAAGGCAGUCGAAGACAUGUUGGAAACACUGCAGAUCACCCAGUCUUAAGAAACUGCAUGCUUCUCAUGAUUGGAUUUGGGAAAAUGAGUAUGAAGAAAUUGACAACCUGGAAGUCUUUAGGAAGAAAAUUGUUGUUAGUAUCAACUUUUUAACCUUUUGAAUAAUUAUCUUAGUAAAUUAUUCUCUAUAUCUAAUUCUUUCAUUUUGCACUCUUCUAAUUUUAUUCUUUCAUGAGUAAUGAGAAGAUACGAAAUAACUCUUCCCAUAUGAAGAUAAUUCUUACCAACUAGUCUUUGUUAUUACAAGUUGCACUUUUUUUUUUUGAAAUAUGGUUGACAUACAUUAUAGUAGUUUCAGGUGUACAAUAUAGUACUCAGCAGUUUAUAUUUUAUUCCCUUCGCAUGUUUUAUCCAAGAUGUACUUUUUGUCCCUGAAUUUAGUAACUACAUUUUCAACAUAAUCAACCAUUUCAUUUGUUUCCUAUAAAGAAAAUAGUGUUCAUGUAUUAUUCUACUACGUUUGUUCCCUCUAAUCCCCUCCCAUCAGUAACUAGAGUAGUGUUUAACAAUUAUAUUUGUAUAAUAAUCAAUUUAGUGCCUCUUAUAACUGUUAGCCUUAGUUUCACUUCAGUUUUUCUAAUUGUAAUUGUAAUUUCUAUUUACUAAGUAUAUUGUUAAUGUAUAAUAAUUUAUAAACUUCAGUUUAAAUGUACUGCUGAUUCCAUCGUGGCAGACAGUUGUCUACCCAACUAAUUUUACCUCCAUUUCUUCCUUGUUAACAGUAUCCUAUUUUGUUCAGGUUCUUCAGGGAGAUUAGAACCUUAAUUCAGCACCAGGGGAUGGUUAUCAUGAUUGAUCUAAAGCAGAAGUGGUUUCAUUCCUUAUGAUAUGAUAUGCCAAGGCAGUACUUUUUGCAGUGAAGGAAAUAUUCUAUAUUUGUGCUUCCAGUAAGUGGCUAUUGAGUACUUGAAAUCUGGCCAGUAAAGCUGAGACAUUGAAUGAUUCAAUUUAAUUUAGAUAUCUGCAUGUAACUCAUGACCACUGUAUUGGGCAGUGCAGAUAUCUAAAGUGUGAGUAUGUUGACCUACUUAGUGCUAAUGAAAUGAACAGAAAUGUAUUGGGAAGGGCCUUCCUUUCAACUUAAAAAGUCAAAGCUCUGUUAGGUGAGGCUUUUUGCCUCAUUCUCAUCCUUAUGACCAUGAAUGCCAGCAACAUACCUAGAGAUACAACAGCUACCUUACCACUGUGAUAAUAAUUACCACUGCAAAUAAUAAGAACGAAAGCUACAUUUCAAAGGUGGUUAUGUAGAAAGAUUAGAGGGAGCCUGGGUCCCUGACAGCAUUGUUGAACACCUGAACCAACAUGAACAAUUAAUCACCCACCUCUGCACUUAUUACAUGAGAAAAAUAAACUCUUGAUUGUUUAAGCCAUUGUUUAGAUUUUCUGUUACUUUAGCCAAUAUGGUUCUGCUAAUUCAUCCACCAUUCAUUUUUUAUUUCUAACUGUAAAACCCUUCAGAUAAGCUAAGAAUGGUAUUUCAGAAUGUAAUGAUAUAAAGUUAAGUAGAUAAUUACAUCUAACAAAAGAAGUAAUGUUUUGUUGCAAAUCACCCAGGAUUUAAGCCAACAGGGGUGAGAAAAGGCAUUAAGACAACUUUAACCAUAAGGAUCAUACUAACUUGGGAGCAGAGGAGGAUGUAGAAAAGAUAGAAAUGGAAAACCAGUGUUUCAGUCUGCUGGAUACAUUUUUAUUGGUAAAUAUUUCAAGAAAUUUAUUCUUCUAAUGUCACUACUCAUAUAUCCUCAAAGUAACUUCAUUUUACUUUAUUUCAUACAACUCUAGGAUUUCAGAAGUGGCUUUACAGAUGAUUUAGUUGAAUUCCAUUUUAAGAUGAGGAACUGAAGGUUCUAAGAAAUUAAUCUUUCUGUGACAGAGUAGGGAAUAGGAUCAGAAUGUCAGGGAUUCUCAAGUCAAUGCUCUUUUUAGUAUAGUCUGAGACAUAAGUCUGUUCUGUGAUACGUUGUUCCUACUUUAGAAUGAUACAAGUGAGAGCUGGAUAGAGCCAACAGACAUUGCUUGUUAGCAGAGCUGGAAUUAGAAUUCAGAUUUUCUGAUUUAUAAAACAAUUUUUUAAUGGAAUCAUAAAGGUGAGAUUUCAUUUUGAAUUCAAUUGAAUUUAAACUGUAUUACCCAUUUGAUAUGUGACUUUAUGAAUAGUCAGUGUGAGAACUAUUUAAAACUAUUUCAAACCUGUUUAACUUUGAACCUCUGAUGUAUCCUAUCUCCAUUCUCAGUCUUGGCAAGUAACCUCUUGUUAUCGGUUGAAUUGAGUCCCCAUUAAAUACGUAUGUUGAAGUCUUAACCCUUGUUAAUUCUGAAUGUGACUAUAUUUGGAUAUAGAGUCUUUAAAGUGGUAAGGUAAAAUUAGGUCAUGUGGGUGAGCCCUAAUCCAAUAUGAUUGAUAAUUAUUAAAAGAAGAGAUGAGGACAUAGAUCAGAUACACAGAGGAAAGACCAUGAAAGGACAGAGAAGAUGCCCAUCUACCAGCCAAGGAGCAGUUCCUCAGAAGAAACCAACCAUACUGAUACUUUGUUCUUGGACUUCUGGCUUUUAGAACUGUGAUGAAAUAAAUCUCCAUUGUUUAAGACA